AUGUAUAUUGAGGUGGGGGUGUUGCGCCUGUCGAUGCUGGUGGUACUGCGUAUGUUGAUGUUGGUGUUGGUGUUGGUGGUUCGGUUGCUGGUGUUGAGAUUGGUGGUGGUGCGGAUAUGCGUGACAUUUGCUAUGAGAGCCCUGAUUGCAUCGGUUUUUGGAUAUUCAGCUAUCUUUUCUUUCAAGAGAGCUGCCGAAUGAACCCAGAUAAACUGUUUCAAGGCAGUAUCUCCUCUUCUCAACAAGUGAUUUUAGGUGCCAGCCAUGAUCUCAAGAAAGAUACAAAUUACAACCCCAGGCCAUACGUUGUAUGGACAUGAAGGCCCAUUGUCAUCUUCGACAGUAGCGUUGUUGUUCUCAGCUUGGUCAUUGCUGUUGUUGACAGGGGUGGUGUUGUGCUGAACAGUAGGCUCAACAAACACAAAGGUGCCAGCGUGUCCGACACGUCCGCGUCUACCUCCACGUCCAUUUCCACGACCACGU